UUAUGGAGCCCGCUUCCUUGCAUCUAUGACUCCGAGGGUAACCAGGAAAGAAGUCAGAUAAGAAACAAGGGAACCGAAAUAAGUCUGGAAGUGUGUGACAACGUUGACAACAAAGUGUCUGCACACAAGCAGGCUACGUACUCAUGCAGAUUCAGACUUGAUCAUCUAUGCAAUGGCCGACGAUUUUCAACUUUUCUCCUCGCUUCGCUAUGACCCAGCGCUCAUCGAAGUUCCCACCAGCGCUCUUGACUAUGCCGGCUGGAAUUGGGCGAACGCCUCGCCGCUUUACAUGCUUGACUACCAUCGAGACCGGAUGCUCCGGGCGGCAACUCACUGGGGCUGGGAUGCGGCCAUAGAGGCUCUCAGUGGUGAGGCAGGCCUCAAAAGGCUCGCACAUGUCAUAAACAGUGACCUUGGUGACGACCAAGACUCGGCGAAGAGAGUGAGGGUAGCAAUCACGAAAGCAGGACAAUUCAGUAUAACUGCCGGCGCGGUCCCAGGAACGCCUCUUGCCAAUCUUUUUCCAGAAAGGCUACCUUCCCCAGGAGAAGACUGGAGCAGUAAGCAGCAUGGAGACAUCCCCGGCAAGUCUCCGGUAUACGAGGUGCUAGUCGACAGCCUGGGCACUCUCCGGUCAGAGUACACCCACUUCAAGACUACGAACCGGGCUGUUUAUGACGAGGCCAGGCAGCGGGCUCAGAUAGGUCUCCCCGACAUGAAGGAAGUUCUCAUCAUCAACCAGGCAGACGGCACCGUCAUGGAGGGAUCGAUGACGACGGUCUACCUGUGGCGGGAUGGGAAGUGGGUGACGCCCCCGGUGAGCCGAGAAUACAGCUUAGUCAAGGGAAGCGGUGGCCAGGACGGCACGACCAGGAGGUGGGCACUCGAAAGGGGCAUCGCCGUCGAGGGCACUAUUCUGGCAGAGUCGCUGGUAGACGGUGAAGAAUGCUGGCUGAGCAAUGGAGUGAGGGGUUUCUUCUUUGGAAGAGUCAGGUUGAGCUGAUCUCGCGUGGGGUUCAUUGCCGGCCAUAUGGCUCACUUCUGUUGCUAUCCUGAACAAGGAGUAGAAGCUGUCGGGCUCCGCUCCAAAGCAUCCCGCCCUUCGCUGGGUAAAUAUGGGCGUCACUUCGUCUUCCGUCCGGGACGGACGUGAGCUGGCGACAGCUUCCCAACAAGCCCCUUGAAGGUCUAUAAGCCAGAAUAUGGCCAACGAGAAAGGUUCAUAAGGCACUUUGCAUACCUGAAUAUUGUACGCGUAUUGACCGAGAUCCGGCGACGAGCAAACUUUGAUGGCCAGACUUCGCUCAACAUCUUGUGGAUGCAGCCUUCCCCUUUAAGUUGGUGUUAGUUUAGAGUUCAACGCCCUGGAGAAAUAUCGAAUGGCUCAUACUUGCCCACAGGUUGUCAACUGCCACUGGCAUGGAUCUAUACCACUCAGCUGACAGCUUUUCGUUU